UUUGAGGACUAGAAUGAAAUUCCGAUCACAUCUAGCUAUAUUCAACCUUCUAGCAAUCCUAGUGACAGUUGUGGAGUCAGUGUCAGUUGAGAUUCACGGAGAAAAUGUCUACUCAAUCGAGUAUCAGGCGCUACAAUAUUUCCUGUUUAUAGAGGAUAAAGAAGCUACGAUAUCAUGUACGGUGCAAGGGACAGAUAUUGCCCCUGAUAUUACUUUCAAAAAGGAGGGUCAACCCUUAAACACGGUGUUACCCGAAUCUCUAUAUAAGAUAGAGAGAAUCUCAGAAGGCCAAACCCACACACUUUACCUCAGAAUAGAUGCCAGUGGCUAUACCAACAUUGUGGGCAACUGGACUUGUGAACCCGGGCAGAACAUCCCUCCUGCUCACUUCAAAACACUCUGCACUAGUAAACCCGACAUUACGUUCACACCAGAGCUGGUGCAGGGAGUGGCGAGAAUGGGCACUACCAUAACACUCAGCUGUAACUGUGACUCGCUAGAUGCUCUGAGUACGGGCAGAGAGUGGAACUGGUUCAUUGAUAACGCUACACCUGCUGGCUCUAAAAUUCAUUACACGGGGGAAGGCAGUGAGACGGGAUACCCCACUAACCAACUUGUUAUAGCUGACCUGGACGAUCUGGACUCGGCUGAGUACCGGUGCGGGUGUAUCGUGGGGCCUAACAUACAGUUUACUAGUAACGAGGUUCAGAUGUCCGUCAUGAGACCACCGGGUGUACCGCAAGAUAUAAUACAGGAAGGAGCCACUAUGGAUUCCCUGUCUAUAAGCUGGAGUAACAGUGAUAAUAUGGGCGUGGUCCUCGGGUAUCAGAUCUCGUACAAAGAAGCUGCGGGCUCUGCGUACCGUGAGGUUAAGACUGGAUCAGAACAGCAGUACACUCUUGAAGAUCUUGAUGCACUGACCGACUAUAAUAUCAAGAUAGCUGCUUCUAAUAACGCAGGAAGUGGCUCGUAUAGCGAGAUUGCUACUCUCACAACUUCUCAACCUAGGGAGUCUAAGCCGUUCAUAAUAAAACCAAGACGACUGGUGUACGACCAGGAUGAGAAUCUCUAUCUAAUUGACGCGGGUGUUGGAGUCGAUAUCUCUCUUAUCUGCCAGGUUAAUUCGUAUCCGGCUUCAAUCGUACAGUGGGGACUUGACGGAGCAGAACUUGCCACAGAAAUAUCAAAUGAUCUUCCUCAGAACUACGGCAGAAGCGUUCAGACUAUCUCUAAAUUUGAAACGGAGUAUGUGCUGAUAGUGCGGGCAUCCAGAAAAGAGAACAGUGGACUGUACACGUGCACUGCUUCCAACACUAAGGGGCAGGAAACACUUACUUUUAAACUAAGGGUUAAGGAUGAGGAAGUUAUUGAUGACGGUGACUCUCAAGAAAACAAAGACCCUGAUGCAGGCUCUGCGUCACAUUCCUCACAUUCUUAUCUUCUCUAUUUGCUAUCACUGACUAUCACAUUAGUUCCUUAUCUCCGCCAUAUGUUAUAGAAAAUAUCGGUUUGUAAAUAACGUAUUUCCCGUAUGUUUCUCCGUUGAAUAUUUUUAUGGUGAUGUAGCUGCAGUCUGUUCAUUUGCGAGAUUUUAUACAUGAUUGAUAUUAUAUCUAAUUUAAUAUUUUGCAAGCCAGGCGAUUGAUUUUAAAUGGUUAAAUGAUUAAAAUUUUAUGGGAUUCAUUUAUAUCGAAGAAGAGAUUCUGUUUCAGCUGACUCCACGUAAUGGUCAUUCUCUCAUUUUAGAGAUACUGUUAUUAUUAUACUUAAACUACAGUAACCAUUUGUAUAUUUUUAUUAAAUAUUAUAAAUAUUACUUUUAUCACUAUAAAAUAUUGAUAAAAGACAUGUCGGUGAACACAUUGACAAACGAUAUUUCCGAGAUGGAGGAAGAUGGAUACUAUUUUUGGAUGAAUAUUUUGUAGUUGAACUUAAUGUGUUACCGUUUUUAUUUAUAAUAAUUGUAUGGAAUUUCUAACAUGAAGGAUUUGUGACUUAUGAAAUGCACUCUAAAUUUAAACAGAUUAAUUAACACAAGGCAAGUCACGAAUUCUUCCUGCUGAUAUGAUUGUAUUUACUUUUUAAUUAAAAGUAUUUACAUAACCUUUGUGUAUAUAUGUUGGUAAAUUAUUAAAAACAGCUCAAAUUUUAUUGAGCUUUAUGAUUAGCGAUCGUUUUUAUUUUUGAUGGAAGGCGCUGCAACUCGCUACAUUUCAGAUGUUGAAGCUUGAUGUGAAGAUAUAAAUGUUAUUGUCGCAGAGAUUUGACGAUCUAUUAUUUUAGAGAAGAUAUAUUUGUGUUUUUUCUAGAACUUCCUAGAUUUAUCAUUAUUUACGGCUCGGACUUCGGAGUUAUGUGCUGGUGAUGCCGUUUCCAAAGAUAUUUUGUUUUUUACUGGGAAAUCUGACAUUGAAAUACACAAGACUAGAUACACGCAUUUUCAUAGAUCCGAACGAAGUACAGUAGGAUAGGAAAAAUAAAGGUUAAACUGAUAAAAUUGGGAGAACGUUUUAUGAUAACAAUUGAAUCUUGAUAAGUUAUUAAAUUUAAUUUUAAGCUGCUCGUGGCGGUCGAAAAAUAUUGCAAUUGUUUUGAUUUAGGUUUUAUGUAUGUAGCUGGAUCCUGUAUACAGUUAGGCGGUAAAGAGUUUUUCUGUGGAUUGUGUAAAUGUAAGCGAAAUAUCAGACACGAUAUUUUUGCUAUUUGCUUUGAUAAUCGUAAUCAGUUGAACUGAUUAUAGAAUUAUGUGGUAAGAUUUUUCUUUGCUUUUAAAAUUUGAUAUUGGAAUAUGAGAAUUAAUCACUGA